ACAUAUGGUGGCCUGCAGUGAUAGCUUCCUCAGCUCUGGGAAGCUCCCACUUGAAAUGUGAGGAUAGAAAACAGGAAGGCCAAUCUUGCCACCAGGUCACUCAUGGGCUACUGUGUGUUGUUCACUGUGGCAGCUAUAGCCCUACGUCCAACAGGGUGGCUCCGUCAUCCCCAUCCUGUGGGCAUUCUCUGCACUGAUGCCGGUAGCUUGCUGACACCAUCAGGGCCAGUAAUGUGGUUAAUGCUGGUGCCUGUCAGCUGGGCAGGGAGACUCGGCCCUUGUGACCCACUAUUUCUAAAGAGCUUCUAGGUGCAGGGCCCACUUAGCUCUUAGGGGAGCUGUGGCUUCUUUGAUGAGAUUAAAGAAGCUGCCUGAAAAAUAAAAAAGACAGGAAACAAAGGCAAAGAGGAUGGACGACCCAAACUGUAUACAGCGGCCAAGAAAGAGAAGCCUAUACUUCCCAAGGAUGGGCCCGGUGCUUGGCUACUCCCCUGACCAUAAAUGGCUUUGCCAAAGCUCCCUGGGAACCACCUCUUGCCCUCCCUCUCCGGCUCUCCCCGUUGGACGUUCCUAUGAAUGGGAGACACAAGCAAAACACCAGCACGAAAGGAGCUUGCAGUAUCUGGAGGAAGUUCUUGGAAGGCUGCUGGAAAUGGGUUUUUCACUAAACUUCACACUGCCAGCUAACGCGACUUCCUUUCCAGUUGUUACAGAUGGGAAAGAAGCAGACUGUGGGCCCUCUGUUGGAUUAGCAGCAGGCAUCCCAUCCUUGGUGGCCACAGCCCUGCUGGUAGCCUUACUAUUUACUUUUGUUCACCGAAGAAGAAGAAGAAGCAGUGAGUCCGCUGAGGAAAGUGAGAGACCAUGUGAAAUUUCAGAAAUCUAUGACAAUCCCACGAUAUCUGAAAAUCCUAGGAGGUCACCUACACAUAUGAAGAAUACAACAGGAGCACAAGAAGCCCACAUAUAUGUGAAGACUGUAGCAGGAAGUGAGCAGCCCCUGCCUGACACUUACCAUCCUCCCGAAGAAACAGAAAGAAGGAGGGGACUGUGGUGGCUUAUACCUAGACUAAGUCUGGAAUGAUAUGACUUAGUCCAGGAGCCGAUCUGGAGCUGAACAGGGCUAAAGACCCAGGGAUUUGUACUUGAAGAGGAGUAGCUAAGCUGCUUCUUAACCAAUUCACACUUUGUUUGUAGAUGUGGGAUACUUUUGGGUGGGUUUGUGUCUUUAGGGGAUGGUUCCAGUAAGGAUCAUUCUGACUCUUGGAUAUGUUGUUUAAGAAGUAAUGAAACACUCUGUGAAUUUGCUGUACAUCCAGAUGAACGCCUAAGCUCCUGUCCUGACUCCAGUGGGAAUUUGCCUUUGUGGUUUUGGGAAAAGGGCCUGGUUUCUGAGUGUCUUGCCUUUUCAUCUUUUUAUUACACCCCUUUUCUCAAAAAAGCUAUCAGGCCUGGCUUCUGUAGAAAUGUUGGCCAAGGUCAGCCUAGUAUAAGUUAGAGUAUAAAUGAAACUUAUGUGAGAUGUGUGAGGGGAAGUCAUUUCUGAUUUCUUCAGUCUACUGCUCUCCCAAUUGAGCUAUUUCAGCUCUCUGUCUCUUAUUUCUGAAUAUCUCAGAAUUAAAAAAUCAUAUGGAGCCACACAUUUCCUGAUCAUAGGGUAGGAUAUGGUUAGGUCUUGUCAUGCAACAGCUGAAAGAAAAUUAGACCUGCCACUGAACAACUGUAUUACUUUUGGAGAAAUCAAUUAACCUCUCCAAGCCUUAGUCUGGUUUUGUCCAGGAGGGAUUUAAAUUAAUUGCUUUAUGUGGUUAUUAAAAAUAUUAAAUAAAAAUAAAGGAAAGUGUUUGCCACUUAAUAAGUACUAAA